AUGCGUCACGUCAAGAGGGAAGGCGAAGUCAAUGUUAAACUCCUGCAAGGCGUACAUACAGCCGUCCUACAACGAACAGGCCAGGGAUGCUUGUCGUUGGAAGGGAGACUGCGGUUGAUCUGGGCUCUCCAGGCGUCGCUCGAGGGCAAGGUCGGCAGUAGGAGUGCAGCAGCAGCAGGGGCGGGGGCGGUGAAGCUGGAAGUUCCAGUAUAG